AUGGCUGGUCUUCCUGACCUCGAAGAGUGGCUCCAAGAUGCCAACGAGGCGCUCAAUAUCAGCCUCGUGGCGCCGUUGAAAUCGGGCCUCAAGACCAUUGCGGCGUUCAACCCAAAGUUCACGUAUCCCAUCUUUGGCGACGACGAGAAAAUAUUUGGUUACAAGGACCUGAAGAUCCACCUGCGAUAUCGUGCCAAUGAUAUGCGCCCGCACCUGCGGGUUGCCUAUAGCAAAAAGUUCAAGCCCGUUGGCGAGCAAGAGCCCACCGAUAUUGUGGAAAUUCUGGAAGAGGGAGGCCAUCUGCCAAAAGUUGCUUUCGUUAAGGGGUCAGACUUCGACAGCAGCUCGCAACAACUUGGCGAUAACUGGUCUCCUCCUGGAACACUGCACGAUACGUUCGAGGGUCCCGAUGGCCAGUAUGAGAUCUGGAAAGGAAGUCUUGUCGACCCUGCCGUGAGACAGUUGAACAGCCGAAUUCAAAUCCUGGUUCCCUUAUUCAUCGAAGGAGGCAGCUACAUUGGCUAUGAUCCAGAGUCGGACUCGACAGAGUUGGAUUUAUCAGACGCUGAUCGAUGGACCUUCUUCUUCCUCUAUCGCAAGCAAAAGUCCGCUGAUGACGCGGAAAAGAGCUCUUACACCUUUGCAGGUUACGCCACAGUUUACCGCUUCUUUUACUUCCCACCACUACCGACACCGCCAACCUCCCCAGCGGAUACUUGGGAGCUACCCACUGGUGAUAUGGACCUGUCUCAGCUUCCGUGCAGAACGAGGCUCUCGCAGUUUAUCAUUCUCCCACCAUUUCAGGGCAAGGGAAGUGGCGCGCGUCUAUACAACACCGUCUUCAAGUACUACCACGACCACCCUCAGACACACGAGUUCACAGUUGAGAAUCCCAAUGAAGCUUUUGACGACUUGCGAGACAACUGUGACCUGGCUUUUUUGCGAAGCAUGCCCGAAUUCAGAGAGCUUCGCCUUGAUACCAAGGUGACUGUCCCUAAAUCAGGACCCCUGCCCCGACUUAUCGCUGGAGGAGAUGAUCUCGAGAAGAUUCGGCUGCAGGCCAAGAUUGCGCCCCGACAGUUUUCCCGAGUUCUAGAAAUGCACUUGAUGUCUCAGCUUCCAAAAUCAGUUCGUCCAACCAUGUCACUGGACGACUAUGUUCCGUCUCCUACAGCGGCGGACAAGCAUAAAGAAAAGCUGUGGCAGCUCAUUGUUAAGCAGCGAUUAUAUCGCCAUAACAAAGAAGUCCUUUCCCAGAUAGAUGUUGGCGAAAGGAUCGAGAAACUGUCAGAAACGCUAGGAAGCGUUGAGUUAGAGUAUGCUAGGAUAUUGGCAGCCCAUGAUCGUGCCAUGAAGCAUUCGACCUCAUCGAAUGGAAAGCGGAAACCGAGUGAGGCUUUGGCCGAGGCAACGUCCAGCAAGAAGGCCAGAGUGGAGGACGCGUGA